CUGAAGCUAUGAGACACGUAUCUCUGCCACGCCACGCUAUUCUUCAUAUUUAAGCACACAAGGAAAUACGCUACGAACAUCCUUUUCUUUUUUUCUUUUUUUAUUUCCCUUAAAAACAGCAGCAUAGAUUCUCCGGAUAAUAUCUUGUCGGUGCCAAUUAUGGAUAUUGAUCCUCGGCAAUACGAGAAUGUCGCCAUUAAUGACAGUGAUAUCCACAACAUUGUCCUGUCAUAUCUUGUCCACAAUUGCUUCAAAGACACUGUGGAAUCUUUUACUUCCUCAACUACAAUGAGGCAGUCAGUUGAUCAUCUCGAGGACAUGGAGAAAAGAAAAAAAAUAUUUCAUUCUGCAUUAGAGGGGAAUGCUUUGGAGGCCAUUGAGUUGACUGGACAGAUUGCACCUGACUUAUUGGAGAAAAAUAAGGACUUACAUUUUGAUCUUUUAAGCCUUCGUUUUGUUGAACUUGUGUGCUCAAGGAAAUGCACAGAAGCGCUUGGAUUUGCUCAAUCAGAGUUGACUCCUUUUGGGAAGGUGCAGAAACACCUGAAAAAACUUGAGGAUUUUAUUGCUCUACUGGCAUAUGAAGAGCCAGAGAAAUCCCCAAUGUUUCAUCUUCUAAGCUCGGAGUACCGGCAGCAUGUUGCAGAUAGUCUAAAUCGAGCCAUUCUUGCACACGCCAACCUGCCGAGCUAUUCUGCAUUAGAAAGGCUAGUACAGCAGAUGACAGUUGUUAGACAAUGCUUGGGUGAAGAGUGUGGAAAGGAAGGGCAUCCGCCAUUUUCUCUCAAGGACUUCGUAAAAAGCUAGUUGAACAGUUUGCCUUGCAGUGGAAGAUGCAGUAUGAGUCAGGAUAAAGUUGCCAUGCAUAUGGUUCUUGUUGAUCUCGAGUUAAUGGACAUCUUGCAGAUUUGCAGUUAUAUGGCAAUUGCAUGGCUUCUGUAGUUUUGUUGUUCGAAUGCGAGGGUUCUUCAGUAAAAAGAAGUUUACAAUGCAGUAACCUUCUCCUUCCAGCCUCUGAAACCAAUUUUCUUUUCCCUCCUGAAACAUGGCUACCUUCAUCUGGAUUGAUGAAGGCAAGGCCCCAGGGAUCGGUGGCUUUUACUUGUUCCUGACUAUAUAGCGGUGUAGAGCUGUGGGAUGUGGUUUUGCCUAAGGAUUGCUGGUAUAACAGAUUCAAUCAGAUUUUAGUUGUCUUAUCUCCUCUUUGCUUGAACGAUUUAGGUGCUGUCCCAGGUUACCAACGAGAAGUUCUGUGAAAAAUGGGCGGAGGCAUUGCUAUUUUCAAUCGAGCAAAUUCAGCUAUAGAGGAAUAUUUGUUUUUGUUAAAUCGUUUUGUUGUAUAUUCUGUUCAAUAGGUGAGUAGUGUUUAUCUCUGGUGAUGAUUUUUUCUGCAUUUUCACACUCUUUUGAACUCGAUGAAUCUCUGCAAAAGGAACGUCUUUACCAGUUUACGUGGGCUCACCUUUAGAUAGGGAAAAAAUAAGGAGCAACAACGAGCCCUAGUAAACCAACUACCUCUAGAGUAGUUGGCCACCAUAUGUCUCGUGAGGUGGGAUGUUAAGGGUUGAAAUCUUGUCUUUUAUAAAAAUUGUUAUUUACUGUGGCUUUUCUUAAA